AAAGAAGAGAAGGAAAAGGAAGAAAAGGAGGCAACGGAAAAAGAAGAGAAUGAAAAGGAAGACAAGGAGACAAACGAGGAAGAAGAGAAGGAAAAGGAAGACACGGAGACAAAAGAGGAAGAAGAGAAGGAAAAGGAAGACACGGAGACAAAGGAGAAAGAAGAGAAGGAAAAGGAAGACAUGGAGACAAAGGAGAAAGAAGAAAAGGAGGCAAAGGAAAAAGAAGAGAAGGAAAAACAAAAACAAAAGCAAAAGGAGAUAGAAAAAGCCAAAGAAAUAUUUGUCAUUAAUCCUGCUGGGAAUUUGUAUUACAACUGGCUCUUCAUCAUCACAAUACCAGUCAUGUACAACUGGACCAUGAUCAUAGCCAGGGCUUCUUUUGAGGAACUGCAGCAUGACUAUCUCAUUUACUGGGUUGUUCUGGACUACACCUCGGACAUAAUCUACCUGGCUGACAUGUUCUUCAGGACCAGAACAGGUUACCUCGAGCAAGGCCUGAUGGUGAAGGAUAAGAAGCUGCUACUUGAUCGCUACAUGGCCACCUUCCAGUUUCGUCUCGACUGCAUCUCCAUGCUGCCGACUGACUUCCUGUAUUUCCUCCUUGGCCUCCAAUACCCAGAGAUCCGCCUCAACAAGCUGCUGAGAAUCGGACGCAUGAUGGAGUUCUUCACGAGGACAGAAACUAAAACCAACUACCCCAACAUCUUCCGUAUCGGAAACUUGAUCAUGUACAUCCUCAUUAUCAUCCACUGGAACGCUUGCUUCUACUUCUCUUUCUCCAAAUACAUUGGUUUCGGUGCUGAUGACUGGGUUUACCCAGCUCUGGAUGAUCCUGAAGCGCCUAGGUUGGCAGAGUUGGGCAUGAAGUAUUCGUUCAGCCUCUACUGGUCAACACUGACCCUGACUACCAUCGGAGAAAUGCCACCACCGGCCCUGGACUCAGAGUUUUUCUUCCACGUGAUGGAUUUUUUAGUGGGGGUCUUGAUCUUUGCCACCAUUGUAGGAAACAUCGCCACCAUGAUCUCCAAUAUGAAUGCUGCCCAAGCUCAGUUUCAGUCCCGGAUUGACAACAUCAAGCAGUACAUGCGGGUCCGAAAGGUCAGCAAUGAGCUCGAGUUGCGAGUCAUUAAGUGGUUUGACUAUCUGUGGAAUAACGGCAAGGCGCAGGAUGAAAGAGAGGUGCUGCGGUAUCUUCCAGACAAGCUAAAGGCUGAGAUCGCCAUCAAAGUCCACAUGGACACGCUCAAGAAAGUUCGUAUAUUCGCAGACUGUGAGGCGGGACUGCUGAUCGAGCUGGUGCUCAAGCUGCAGCCACAGGUGUUCAGUCCCGGAGACUAUAUCUGCAAAAAGGGCGACAUUGGCCGUGAGAUGUACAUCAUCAAAGAUGGAAAACUUGCAGUUGUUGCUGAUGAUGGCAUCAAAGAGUUUGUUGUGUUGGGAAGCGGCAGCUAUUUUGGUGAGAUCAGUAUCCUCAAUAUUAAAGGCAGCAAAGCAGGCAACCGGCGAACAGCCAACAUCCGCAGCGUUGGAUACUCAGACCUCUUCUGCCUGUCCAAGGAUGACCUGAUGGAGUCACUGCAAGAGUAUCCGGAUGCCAAAGGCAUGCUAGAGGACAAAGGGCGGGAGAUCCUGAUGAAAGAUAAUCUGAUAGAUUUGGACCCAGCUAACAUCAAGCCUGAGGCCAAGGAGCUGGAGGAGAAGGUCAACAAAUUGUACAGCACAAUGGAGCUGUUGCAAUUCAAGUUGAAGAAGAUUCUGGUGAAUUACAAGAACGCGGACAAGGCUCUGAAACAUCGCAUCAAAGAUCUGGAGCACCUAGCAGGAGAGGAGGUGGAAGAAGAGGACGAGGAGGAAGAAGAGGUGAAAAAGGUAGAGGUAGAAGGGGAAAAAGGUGAGGAGAAAAAAGAAGAGGAAGGAGAAGGAGAAGAGGAAAAGGAAGAGGAGGAAAAAGAUGAGGAGAUUAAGGAAGGCGAAGGAGAAGGUGAAGAGGAAAAAGGUGAGGAGGCAAAAGAUGAAGAAGGAGAGGGUGAAGAGGCAAAAGAAGAGGAGAAAAAAUAAACCCAUAGUUUCUGUAAAACACUGAGCACUUUUCUAAUUAGCCACAAGAAAUCGUUCCUACUGGACUUGCUUCUUAAAUGACUAGAGACUGGCUGAAAUACCGACUGGAACUUGUCUUAAAAAGGUAUUGUCAUUAUAUAUAUUAUAAAGUUAACGUAAUAAAUAUUGCCAAUGACAAUAUUGAUAUUGAAUUCAAAUAAAAUAUUGGCUUCAGUUGUCCUA